AUGGAGUAUGGAUCUGCUCUGCGGCAUCGAGAUCCGCGAUCUUGUCUCAUCGGCGCCCUCGCGUUCUGGCUUUUCUGGCGCUGGCAGGUAGAAAAGGCGGAAAGGUUUCCCGUCUUCCAAAGAAGCGAAGACUGGUAUGAAACGAAGGUGCUCCGCCGAUCGGCGAAGGAGCCUCAAGCUCCGUUGUCGGGCCAGACUGCCCGAGAAUGGACGUCCAGGUUCUACAAGAAGGCCGGCAUCAAGGUCUCCAAGGUCAGCCACGCGCCUAGAGUGGCGGCGACGCAAAACGCCGACAUGGCCGGAGUGGAUGAAGGCCAGAUCCGCCGAGCCGAUCUGGGGGUGGAGCAGAACAUGGCCGCCGGCGCCUUCUUGGAACUCCUGGAGUGGCUUCGAGAGGUGCUCCUGCAGGACGCUGUCUUCCUUCGCGAGUCCUACCCCGACCAUCCUAUCUUUCAGGAUCCGGUCUUCUCUUGCCCCGAGUUUGAAGCGUUCGCCAGCAAAGUUCAAGACACAUGCACACGGGACCACGAAGACAGCCAUACCACGGUCAUUCAAAAGCGAUCCCGGUGGUUGCGGAGAAGCUGCGCACAUUGGAUGAGUUUGCGCAGGCCACCUACACCGUCACCUUCAGCCCCGGCCAAGGUGCUGCAGGUCAACAUGCGGAGAUCGCGGGAGCUCAUCAACAGAGGCGCCGCGCUCCACGAGAGACGGUCCUCAGGUCCGAGAUAG